AAUAAUUCGAGUGAUUCUUUUAGCAUCAGAAAUGGUACUAUUAAAUUAACUGUGUCUGACCACUUUUCUUGUGUUAAAUUAUUUUUUUGAAGAAAAUCCAAAGAAGUGAGAGCUAUAUAAGACUAAUUGGUCAGCGCAUUGAAAAGUAUGAGCGAGAGUGAGGAGUGAGGAGAAGGUUAGGUUUGUUUGAUUUGAUCUUUGGGUAGAAAAUGAAAAGGGAGAUGGAGAUGGAGAUUGAGGCGAGCGUGCUUGCCGUUGAGGGCAUCCUACAGUACACAUUCAAGAACAAGAAGCUUCUGGAACAAGCCCUCACUCACUCCUCCGUUGCCGACGCCGUUUCCUACGAGCGUCUCGAGUUCAUCGGCGAUCCCAUUCUCAGCGCCUCCGUCAGCUACUACUUUUACGUUAAGUACCCCGACCUCGAGCCCGGCCACCUCUCUCUCCUCCGCGCCGCCAUGGUCAGCACCGAAAAGCUUGCUCGCAUCGCCGUCCGCUUCGGCCUCCACCACUUCGUCCGCCACAACGCCUCUCCCGUCCUCGACAACGUCACGCGCUUUGUCGAGGCCGUCCGCCACGAGCGCCUCUCCGGCGCCGUCGCCUACGCCGGAUCUGUCAAAGCCCCCAAGGUCCUCGCCGACAUUGUCGAGUCCAUCGCCGCCGCCGUCUACGUCGACCUCGGCUUCGACCUUCCUCGACUCUGGCUGGUGAUUAAGCAUCUGAUGGAGCCAAUUGUGACGCCGGAUGAGUUGGAGCAACAGCCUCAGCCAGUGACGAAUCUGUUCGAGAUAUGUCAGAAGAAUGGAAAGGUAGUUGAUAUAAAAUUCUCCAGGGAAGAUAACAAAUGCGUUGCGAGCGUGUUUGUUGAUGAACAGCUUCUAGUCUCUGCAUCCUCUGAUCAGAAGUAUCUGGCGAAGCUGGAGGCUGCGAAGCUGGCCUUGCAACAACUCUCACACAUGGUGCCUAAAGCUGAUGUGAGGCUCGUCCUUGGUCAGGACGAAGAUGGAACUCUGAUGGUGAUGGCUGCAAAGCAUAAGCUCCAUGAGAUUUGUAUGAUUAAAAAAUGGCCUAAACCAUUGUUCAGGAUGGAGAAGGAUUCAGGGCCACCUCAUGAUAAGAGAUUUGUCUUUGCUGUUCAACUAGCAACUCCAGAAGGCACCUAUCAGAUGUCGGGAGAUGAAAAGUGUCGCGUGAGGGAUGCGGAGAACUCAGCUGCUUCCUUUAUGAUUAUGGCCUUACAGGAGUAUAAUUACAUCUGAGAUUCUGACUGAGACUGCCCAAUGCUGUUUGUCCAUGUGGCUCAAUCACAUGUAAUGACUUUAUUAAUCUUUUUUAUAAAGUAAAAAAUAUAUAUUUAUGUCA